AUGCCCAGAUUGGAGCACGAUCUCCAGGGUCCGUCAGAUCAUGUCCUGAUCUGUACGGAUCUUGAUAUCGGUCCCGAACCACCUGGAUCUGGGCAAUGGACAAUUAAACCCAGAAGCGAGGCUGAGAAGUCUUUCAUUUCAGACAUUCUCUGGGAUCUUGCAACUAUUCCUGUCGCAGCCCUGGCAACCAAGGAAGGCAUUGAAGCUUUAGCCGAUGCUAUCGUGACAGCGUUCUUGGACGCAUGGCUUGCCCACUCGACCAAGUCCAAAGCUACCAAGUGCUCCAAGUCCUGGUGGACGGACGAGUGCUUGGAGACAUUCAGACUCUUCUACAUUAAGGUGGUGCCACUCAACACAAUGCUACUCUCCUUUGUGGACAAUGGGACCAUUUUGGCCCAAUCCAAACAACUCGAUGAUAAUAAUGUGGGCCUGCGUAAGGCCUACAAAAUUAUCUACCUUCUCUUUGUUGGUUUUGCGCUCGUUCUUGAACACGACAAGACCGAGUUGUUCCACUUUUCAUGUCGGCGAGACGCCUAUAAUCCCUUGCUGGAUCUGGGGUACUUGGGCUUCUACUUUGACCGUGGGCUCACCUUUCAUGAGCACAUUUGCUACUAUGCCACCAAGGCAUUCACCACCAUGCAGGCCAUGUGCAUGCUCGGGAACUCCACUAGAGGUCUCUCGCCUAAACAGCAGCACCUCCUCUAUAGAUCUUGCAUGGUUCCUAUUGCCACGUACAGUUCUUGUCUCUGGUAUUUUGAUGGUGCCUGUAACAAGGGCACCAUGAACCAGCUCAAAUGGAUGCAGCAGAAAGCUGCUCUUUGGAUCACAGGUGCAUUCCGCACCUCGCCCACAGGCGGUCUUGAGGCCUUGGCAGGUCUCAUCCCCGUCCAUCUUAUGCUGAAGAAGUUGGCCACAUGUGCAGUGUACUGUGUUGCCACCCUCUCGGAAACUCACCCUCUAUGCUCCAUGAUGGGCGAGAGACUCCUCAAGCGGGCUGUACCACAUGCCCACUCAGCUGCCUUGAUGACCCUAGCUAUGCGAGGGAGAGUCAAGAGCACCAUUAUGGAGGUGGAUGAGCGUGUCCACACCUUAACUGAGAGCUUCACGCCCUUUGUGCCUGAAGCUCGCCCUGGUGAUCGGUUACUGGACCGUUUUGCAGACCGUCUCCAUUUUGACGAGCGCAAUCCUACCCAGGAUAGGCGCCCAUAUCUAGACAAGCUCAUCGCGAAAGUGAGGGCUGACCCUUUGACAGUACUGGCUGCAACUGAUGGCUCUGUCCCUCAGUCCAAUCAGUAUCAGGCAGCUUCGGCUGCCAUCAUCUACAAGGGACACCGUGAGCUCAAAAAGACCCACUAUGUCUCUGGCAGAGUGACCACUCCUGAUGCGGAACUCAAUGCCAUUGUGUGCGCAGUGCGCCUUGCUGUCAAGCAGGCAAACUGCCAACAUAUCAUGGUCUUUACGGACUCCAUGGGCUCGGCCCAUAGAGUGGUAGACCCCUCCAUACACUCUGGCCAGGCUUUCAGUCUGUCAGUCUGUUGCGCACUCCAGGAGUGGUUUGCAGCGGAUGACCUCUGCCGCAUCACCUUCAUUUACGUUCCAUCUGCUUUGUGGUGGGACAUUCAUGGUGAAGCACACAAGUAUGUCACUGAACUCAAAGUCAGGGUUGGACAUCGCAAGACGGACAAUUCUAUAGACGUGCUGCACUCUCGAGCCGCGCACUCAGUCCUGGAUUCGUGGAGUUCCACUUUCCAGGAUCCGACUUACCGAGGCUCUGAAUUGUUAGAGCUUCAAUGGCCUGACGGGCAGCCAAUUCAGCCAUCGUACCUCAAUGGGGGACCUUGGCUCUCAACCUUCGGACACAGUCUCACUGAGUUUGCUCACGUCUGCCAGUGCAUAACUGGCCACGUGCCCAUUGGAGUGUACUACCAUCGCUUCAAGAUUAAUGAGCCUCAUGGCUGCACUUGUGGGGCUGCCUUGCAGUCCCGCCAGCACGUCCUCUUUUGCUGCCGCAAUAGAUAUUCUGUACACUAA